AUGUUCUCCCGUACGUUCGUCACUCUUCUUGCUGUUUGUAUUCUCGCAUGCAAUGCAUGCCCAAGAACUACAAGAAAGAGGACUGCUACCCCACCAGCUACUCCACCUGCCACUCCACCUUCCACUCCACCAGCUGCUGGUGGUGGUGGUGGUGGAAGCAGCGGAGCUGUCCCACCUGGAGGAGUGCUAGCUCCUGGAACAUCUGGAGCCACACCGACGGGAAGAAGAUAG